AUGACGCCCACGGCCCCAUCUAUUGGGGGCAUUGGACCCGCGAGACCUGUUGCAACCAUGGGACUUAUUGGAUCUGCUAGACCGGUUGGACCCAUUGGUCCGGUAGGACCGGUUGGACUGACUGGGGCUGUUGGCCACCUCGGAUCUAUUGGACAAAUUGGAUCUAUGGGACCUAUUGGAUCCAUCGGACAUAUUGGAUCUUUGGGGCAUAUUGGAUCUAUUGGACAAAUCAGACCCGUCGGAUCUGUAUCUUCCAUAGCGUCCAUGGGCCGCACUGGAUCUUCGUCAACUUCUGGCUUGGGUGUCACAGUUCCCUCGGGUUCUAACGGUCUUCACAGCCGAAGAACCACCAUUCUUCCACCAAUUUCUUCUCUUACGGGUGAAAUCAAGUUCGACACGAACGGAAGCACUAACAGAAUGCAACAAGAUUAUCCACCGAAAGAAUUCAGCCCCAAGACUUUCUAUCCGGAGGUUCCUGGGGGGCUUCAACAAUCUCAACGAACUGCCACACGCUUUCCAUCUACGUCAUAUUCUCCUAUCAAUUAUGCAUCCCCUUCACAAGGCUAUGUGAUACCUCAGAGUACCUUUCCCUUUCAAACAGGCCAGAUGGCAUAUCAUACUGGGUAUAUACAAGCUCCACAGCAACAGGACUCCUCGCAAGUCCCUCCACAAGGAGCUUCUGCCAUACUUUCACAACAAAGAGCAUCACCGUCACAACCACAAUUACCUAUGGGAUAUAACUGCGAACCGUAUGGCUACAAUUCUUCUACUCUAACUUCCGAACAUGACCACACAAAUGUUAUUCCGACCUAUCGCACCGCUUAUUCUUAUAGUACAGUUGCAAAAAGCAAUAAUGGGCAAAACAAUGCUGCUCCUCUGAGCUAUUCCGGCACUGCACGAUUUGCUCCGGACAGAAGACCGUCCUAUUUGGCUCAGUACCCGGCGUCUUCAUCUUCUGGAUCUAUUUAUCGAAUGGACUUGCCAGAUACUCGCAACAACAUCGACAAACAAGAUUCCCAGAUAGACAUGCGUCAUGUAGAACGUCAUUCGGCACCUUCGAAGCUUUCGAACGAAGCGUUCGGAGAGAUCAGCAUGCUAAACAGGGAUAUUCAAAGAGAAACACCGAAAAAUGUUUCUAAAGGAGCUUGGCGAACGCCGUCGCUUUCUACAGAACUGCACACUCCUCAGAGAGAGUUCUCUGCUAUUGCACAUUCGACGAGCAUACACGAGAAGUCAAAUCAUGAAAAUGGGGAUACAUCUGAUUCAGCUGACUCUUCGUUUUCCUCGUCGUCCUCUAUAUCCAAACAGAUAGGAAAAGGAGGCAAUAAUAAUGGCCAUAACAUUAGCAAGACACCAGAUUCCAAGCUAGUGGUAGUCAUGAAUACACAGUCGCGCAAACCUCGCAUCAGAUUAUCUCUGGAGCAGCAGAAACUCAACGAGCUGCUUGCCAGUCAAUAUUCUGAUCGUAACAAGAGGCUGGGAGUGCUAUCUAGCUUCAAGUUACGAAUUGAUGAAGGAGAAAAAGAAGAUGAAUUAAAUGGCAUGGAAGAGAUGCAAGAAAUAGAGCAAUUGCAGAACUUCAAGGAUUCAAGAGGGCUGCCGCAUAUUAAUUUACAUAAGGAACCACAGGAGUCCAAGCCCAAGUUGAUUGAAAAUAAGUUAGACCCUAAGAAUAUUAUUUCAGAAAUGGAAUUGUCACCAGAGAAGGUAGUGCAACCAGAUUUAGAGGAUGAUAUCACUUCAAAAGCCUCCGAAGAACAACCAGAGAAGAAAAUGGAAUUGCCAAAACGAUUGAACGAUAAUGAUGCUACAGAGGAUGAGGCAUCGGAGCAAGAGAAUGACAACACUUCAGAAUUACCUCCAAGUCCUCCUAAAACAAUAGGUUCAGUGGCUGCCACCGUUGAGAAGGAGAAGCAAUUACAGGCCACCCAGAACAUUGUCCAGAUUAUUCCGCGGACACCUGAGUUGACCUGUGAGCAAGCAAGCUUUAUGCAGAAGACUAAUACUAAUGUUGUCAAGUCGCUUUCGUUGAUCAAGAAUUCGCAAGAAUUGGUAGAACAACUCAAAAAGAGCUUUCCAACGUCCGCAACCUUACCCGCAAUACCAGCUAUACCCGAGGGCUUUAUUCCUAUGAUGAUGUCACCUCAAGGAUUACUUAUUCCCAUGCAGUAUGCUCCGGUGGUAACCGAAGACCACAUCAUCCCUACGGUGAAGCCUGUGUGGGAGGGUGAUAUGCUUGAGAUUCUCCCUAACUCUGAGAAUUCUGGAUCCGAUUCGAAAGUUGCAACAGUUUUUUCAGCAGAUGAACCAGUUCCCUCGUUGAAUAUGCCUAGGAAGCGAGUCAUGCCCCAAGCUCGUACCAAAAAGAGAGCGAAACUAAGCAAUACGGACAAGCUUGCAGCUAUAAGACUUUGUCUGAUUUCAGAGGAGUGCUAUGCGAGAUGCCAUGUUGGUGUAAAAAUGCAAGUGGAAAUAACACCAGUUGUUCUUAGUCACAAAGAGAUGGUGGAUUAUUAUACGUGGCUAGGCAGCGAUUCCAGUCAGCAGUUGAAAAACUAUGUUUCAAGGAAAUCCUAUUAUAUCACGAAAUUUAACUCGUUGAAUGAGGAGAUCGAGAAUGAAAAGAGAAACAAGAGUAUGGUUGGAUUGGAGAAGGAUUUAAUGGAGAUUAGGGAUUAUGAUAUAGUUCGAGAAGAACUUUUUUGUGAGUAUAGGAAUGACAAAGCGUUCUCUCAGUAUCUGGAUGAACUACUGGCGACCUACAGCUCGAUUUGCUUGGACUACACAACAAGACUUUUGAAAUUUAAGAAAUUUUUGCUGAGAAACAGGCAUGCAUUGACAGGAAACAAGGACCAGAUGUUUUAUGUAAAUUCUUCCAAGUCAGAGAAGUUGUGGAGGAAUUUUGUGAAGGAGGAGCGGAGAGUGAAAACCCAAUUGCGGGAGAAGUUUGAGAUUCGAGGCAGGGCAGAAACAGACGCCGAAGCCACCGAUGGUGCGUCCGGACUUGCAAAGGAUGUAUACAAUGCACAGGGAGCUAGAAGCCAGUACAUGACGUUGCCUAAUAUGUCAGGAUCAGGAUCAGGAUCAGGAGCAGGAAAACGCAACACUACGAAUACAUCGCUAUCAUCUCCAGAAUCAUCAUCAUCGGCAUCAGUGGCGGUGUCACGAAUAUCCAGAAGAAUGAGAGGCAGCGUGGCUAUCACCGAUAAGUUGCAGACAAAGUUCCCGAUUUCUGACGAACUUGCGCCGAUGUUAAGCGAUGUUGACUUUUUUGAUUUCACGGACUACAAAUCCAAACUCUACGAGCAGUAUAUUCUGCGAAGCGGGUAUUCAGAAGUAGCAGACCAAUCGGAUAUCGUCGAAUUGAUCGAGUUUUUCCGUGUCAAGUCACUUUUAUCAGAUCUGUGUGAACUCAUGAAGUAUGAUGGUAGGUCGAGCCGUCAUAACUCGCCGGAUGAUAACUCUGUCUCACCACACAAUGAUCCUUACGCUAAAUACUAUCCAAUCGACGAAGAAAACGGAGUUAGCUUGCCUAUGAAUCAUUCGUCAUCAUCGUCCAUAUUGCAAAAAAAUUUGAAGAAGAAUGGACUUAAUGUGAUCAGCUCCCUGGAUACGCGUGUGGCAGAUGGUGAUAGGGUGAAAUAUCUGACUCUGGAUGAAAAGGAAAUAAGAGCUAAGUUUACCAAGGCUUAUACAAAGCCGAUGGGUCUUAGCAAUGAAGAAAUAGUAGGGGAUUUGAGAGUCUUAGCUGCUGGUUCAAAGUACAAAGUGUAA